AAAUAUAAGAUGAUGUGAUUGAAUUAAUUGUUCUUUUUCAACAAUGUACUAUAUUGUGGAAUUUGUUCUCGAAUUUUAUUUGUGAAUCAUGACAGAGUCGGAACUUUGCCGGCUCUGUGCCGAAACCAAAGAGAAUUUUAUCGGAAUUUAUGAAGCAGAAGGACAAAAAUUAGCCAUAGAGGCUAAAAUUGCUAAAUGUUUACAAAUUCAGGUAUUAACAAAUGAUGGAUUGCCACUUACAGUUUGUAUAGAUUGUUGUAUUUUAUUGAAUCAGUGUAAUGAAUUUUUUGAAAAAACCAAUCAAGCACAAGUGUCUCUAAGACAAUUACUUCUAGAUCGCAAAAUUGAGCCACAGCCAUUAGAAUCAAGUAUAAAUUAUAGUGAUAAAACAAUUGCAUUUCCAAAAGAAGAAAUUAACGAAGGAAUUGUUGGAUGCCACUUAUCAAAUUAUAUCCACGAUACAUCUAAUGUCUCACAUAAUUAUUUUAUUGAAGAGAAUAAGAAUGGUAACCAUCAAAAAUAUGAAAAUGAAGAACCUCAAGAUGUUAUAAAACAAAAAAAAUGUAAAAUUCAAUUUAAAAAAUCAACACUUAAACAAACUAGAAAAAAAUUGAAACGAAAGAGUCAAAAAAUGGAAGACUCAGACAUGUAUAUAAACGCUGAUUUGAAAAAAGAGCAUAAAGAUAUAGACAUAAAAACUAACAUUAAAAUUCCAGAUAAUUAUAUGACAGGUACAGAUACAGAUUUAGAAAUUAUAGAAGCACAUACAGUAGAAAUAUUAAAAUUCGGACGUAAACGAGAAGAAAAUUUAAAUAGGUAUCCAUGGCUUUGUACUGAUUGUAAUGAUAAAUUACCUAGUUUAGAAAAAUUAGAAGAACAUCAUGAAACUAUUCACAAUCAGCAGGCAAAAUAUAUGUGUGUCUUGUGUUGUAAAGUUUAUGAUAAAUAUUAUGGUUUCCUUACUCAUGUCAAACGACACAAAAACAAGACAAAAUUCAGUUGUGAAGAUUGUGGAAAAUCAUUUGUACAUAAAAAAGUAUUAGAUUCUCAUAAGGCAAUUCAUAGUGAAGAGCGGCCACAUGUAUGUCAAACUUGUGGAAAAGCAUUUAGACAACAAAGUGCUUUAUAUAUUCAUAGUCGAUGUCACUUACCAGACACUAUGAAAAAUAGAUAUCCAUGCGAUCAGUGUGAUAAAAGAUUUUCAACAAAACCAAAUUUAGUCACACAUAAACGUAUCCAUUCCGGUGUUAGAAACUUUACAUGUGAUCAGUGUGGCAAGAGUUUUAUUCAAAAAGGAAAUCUAGAAGCUCAUUUUUUAACUCACUCUGCAGACAAACCAUAUAAUUGCAAUCAAUGUUCAAAAGCUUUCAAAACACCGUUACAAUUGAAAAAACACGAAACAGUUCAUACAGGAGCAAAACCACAUCAGUGUGCUGUUUGUGGAAGAACUUUUAGAGAAAAAGGUACCUUAAGGGAACACCACAGAAUACAUACUGGUGCAAUGCCAUUUACAUGUGAAUUUUGUGGUAAAUGUUUUCGAUUCAAAGGAAUAUUAACUACACAUAGAAGACAACAUACUGGUGAACGUCCAUAUAGUUGUUUAGAGUGUCAACAUCAUUUCACCAAUUGGCCAAAUUAUAAUAAGCAUAUGAAACGUAGGCAUGGAAUUAAUACAUCACAUGCAAAGCAUUUGUCACAAUCUCAACAAAUACAAUCACAAUCGCAACAGUCACCAGAGCAACAAUCAGAACAAUCACAAGUAGAUCACUUAAAUGCUUCAGAACAUUCAGUUUCUAUAUCCCAUACGGAAUCAUCAACUGUUCAUGUAAUACAAACUGUUUCACAUACGACUACUCAACCAAUAGUUGUACAAACUAUUCCAACUAGCACUGUCCAAAAUUUUCAAGCUGAUAUAUCUAAUACAGUACAAGAUACAGUUUUUCGAGAAAGGAGUGGAACAUACUUUAACGCAGUACCAGCGACUCUGCAAAACUUUUUACCACCUAAUUUAUCAUAUAACUUUUAUAAUAUUUCUAAUAUUACAUAUAAAGAAUGAUUUAGUAUAAUAUAAAAGUUAUAUCCAAAUCUAUUCAAACAAAUAUAUGUAUACAA